AUGGUGACAGACUUGACUAUCAGCAAGGAGAAACCAGCUCUUGCUGCUGUCAUAGCUUCAGAACUUCUGUCUGCUAAAGGAAAUGAUGUGAAAUGGAGACUUGGUGAUGAUAACAGUUUGAGGGCAAACCAGGAUGUUGUUUUUUCGACUGCAGCAUCCAUCCUUCGAUAUCUGGCUCGCUCUUCCCAGACGUCAAACCUUUAUGGCUUAGACAUUCUUCAGAGGACAGAGAUUGACCAUUGGCUCAACUUUGCUUAUGGAAGGCUGGCAUGUACAACAAACUUCAAGAGCUCUGUGGAAUACUUGGACCAAGUAUUGCGGCCAGCGACCUAUCUUGUUGGGCAUUCUCUGUCACUUGCCGACUUGGCUGUCUGGGAAGUUUUACAUUCAAGCAGCAAUUUGCAGACACUGCUGGUGUCAAAAGAUACUUUCCCAAACGUGGCCCGCUACUACAGGUUUCUUGUAUCUCAAGAACCGUUUUCAAAAACAGCUGCUGCUUUUCCUGGGGCUGCAGUCAAAGAAGAAAAGAAGAGAACAAAUGAAACAACAAUCAAGAAAGAUGAAGGGAAGUUUAUUGAGCUGCCUGGUGCAGAAAUAGGGAAAGUUGUUGUUCGGUUCCCACCCGAAGCCAGUGGUUAUCUCCAUGUGGGUCAUGCUAAAGCUGCAUUGCUGAAUCAGUAUUACCGAGACAUUUUUAAGGGCACCCUCAUUAUGCGUUUUGAUGACACCAAUCCAGCCAAGGAGAACGCUGAGUUUGAAAAGGUGAUUCUGGAGGAUAUUGCUCUGCUAGGCAUCACAUAUGACAAGUUCAGCCACACCUCCGAUCAUUUUGACUACCUGCUGACAUGCUGUGAACAGAUGAUUCGGCAGGGCAAAGCUUAUGUUGAUGACACGGAACCUGAACAGAUGAAGAAGGAGAGAGAGGAAAGGGUGGAGUCAAAGAACAGAAGCAGUGAUGUUGCCAAAAACCUGGAGUUGUGGCAGGAGAUGGUGAAAGGAACCCCUAGAGGACAGAAGUGCUGUGUCCGAGCAAAGAUCGACAUGAAGUCAGACAAUGGCUGCAUGAGAGACCCCACCAUGUACCGCUGUAAGGUGGAGACACAUGUGCGCACUGGCAACAAAUACAAGGUGUACCCAACAUAUGACUUUGCCUGCCCGAUUGUGGAUAGUGUGGAGAAUGUGACCCACGCACUUCGAACGACUGAGUACCUUGAUCGUGAUGAUCAGUACUAUUGGUUCCUGGAUGCCCUAGGCAUGAGGAAACCACACAUUUAUGCAUACAGCCGCCUAAAUCUUCAGAACACAGUCAUGUCCAAAAGGAAAUUGACAUGGGAUGACCCCCGAUUUCCAACUGUGAGAGGAGUGAGGCGAAGGGGUAUGACUGUUGAGGGUCUAAAACAGUUCAUCAUUACUCAGGGAUCUUCUCGUUCAGUGAAUAUGAUGGAGUGGGAUAAAAUCUGGGCUUACAAUAAAAAGGUGAUUGAUCCUGUUGUGCCACGAUACACAGCCCUGUUGAAAUCUGGUGCGGUUCCCUUGAAUGUGGAGGGAGCUGUGUUGGAGUCGAAAGAGGUAGCCAAACACCCCAAAAACGCAGAUGUUGGCAACAAAACAGUUUGGUAUGGGCCUCGAGUGUACAUUGAUGGUGCAGAUGCUGAGGUUAUUUCUGAAGGAGAGAUUGUCACAUUCAUCAACUGGGGAAACCUGAAAAUCAAAAAAAUUAACAGGUUGAAACCAUGUUUAAUUUACUUGUCAGAUUUCAAGAAGACGCAGAAGAUUACCUGGCUGGCUGAAGCCGAAGAUGGACCUUUCACCCCUGCAGUCUGUGUACAGUACGACCACAUUAUUACCAAGGGGGUCCUCGGCAAAGAUGAGGACUUCAAGCUUUACAUCAACAAGAAUUCAAAACAAGAAGAGGUAAUGCUUGGGGAUCCAUGCUUAGCCAGUCUAAAGAAAGGAGACAUCAUUCAGUUGCAAAGAAGGGGUUAUUAUAUCUGUGACUACCCAUAUGAGCCAGUCAGUCCUCACACUGGCAGGGAUAGUCCAUGUGUGCUGAUAAACAUACCAGAUGGACAUCAAAAGGAGAUGCCAAAAGGUGGCUCUAAACAUAAGGAAACCAAGGAGCCAAGUCCGAAAGAAGUAGCUCAAAGCAAAAAGGGCAAAGCUGCUGAGAAAUCUCCGAAAGAAGAACAGCCUCCAUCGAAGGUUGAGACAUUAGAUGUGACUGACCUAAACAACAAGAUCAUUGCUCAAGGAGAAAUUAUUAGGAAACUAAAGACUGAAAAGGCACCUAAGAAUCAGAUUGAUUCUGAGGUGAAAGCUUUGUUAGAUCUGAAAGCAGAGUUUAAAUCCGCCACUGGGAAAGACUGGAAACCAGACUCAGUACAGCCAGCAAAAGGAGACGCAAAAGAACCAUCAAAAGGAGCUGCAAAAGAACCAGCAAUAGGAGCCACAAAAGAACCAGCUAAAGCUGCUUCUGCUAGUACUGAUACAAGCAGUACUGGCAACAGAGCUGGGGUGUUGAAUGAUACAGUUGUGGCUCAAGGCAACAAAAUCAGGGACCUGAAGGCUGCAAAAGCUCCCAAGGGUGACGUAGACGUGGAGGUGAAAACACUUCUGAACUUGAAGGCAGAGUUUAAAACUGUUACAGGACAGGACUGGAAGCCCGGCAUGACAUUUCCAGACGGCACUGAAACCAGCCCAAUAAUGUCACCCCCGUCUACAGCCUCUUCUGCUGGAUCGGCAGCUGAUGACCUCAGUGCUAAGAUCAUAGCCCAAGGGAAUAAAGUUCGAGACCUCAAAGCGAGCAAGGCACCAAAGAAUGCUGUGGAUGAAGCUGUGAAGGAAUUGCUGGCUCUUAAGCAAGAGUACAAAACACUAACUGGCAAAGACUGGAAACCAGAGACAACACUACCCAGCAGCUCUACACCAGAAGCCAAGAAGGGCACAGAUGCAGAGGCACUUUCCAAGCAACUGGUGGAGCUGGACAACAAGAUCAGACAGCUGAAGGCAGACAAGGUUGAUAAGAGCAAAAUCAAUGCUGAGGAGAAAACACUAAACAAGAUAAAAAAGGAAUACAAACAGGCGUGUGGCAAAGACUGGCAGCCAACAGCAGUAGCUGAAUCAGGAAGCACUACAUCAGCAGCAUCCUCUGUUGCCAUGCCAGCGGGCAAAGACAGUGCGGAGGCCACAUCUCUAAAGGUCAAGAUCGAUGAGCAGGGAGAGAAGGUCCGGCAGCUGAAAACCUCUGGGGCUGACAAGGCUGUGGUGGAUGCAGAAGUUCAGAAGCUACUCCAGUUGAAGGGACAGUAUAAGAAUCUUACUGGUGAAGAUUUGGCUGGUGCUGCGAAGAAAGGUGGCAGAGAUGAUAAAAAAGAUAAGAAGGACAAUAAGAAAGCAGCCAAGGAAAGUAAGAAAGCAGGGUCUGAUAAGAAAGAUGGUGCAGGAGACAAGGAAGAUGGGAAAAGGGAGGUGAAGAAAGUUACAAGGCUUGGUCUUGAAGCAACAAAAGAAGAAAACCUGCCUGACUGGUACUCCCAGAUACUCACCAAGUCAGAGCUGAUUGAGUACUAUGAUGUCAGUGGGUGCUACAUCCUUCGUCCCUGGGCAUACGCCAUCUGGGAGACCAUCAAAGAGCAGUUUGACACAGCAAUAAAGAAGAUGGGCGUUGAAAACUGCUACUUCCCAAUGUUUGUCUCACGGAGUGCCUUGGAAAAGGAGAAGACUCAUAUAGCUGACUUUGCUCCAGAGGUUGCCUGGGUUACCAGAUCAGGACAGUCUGAACUAGCAGAACCCAUUGCUGUCCGUCCCACCAGUGAGACUGUCAUGUACCCUGCAUUUGCCAAAUGGAUCAAGUCACACAGGGAUCUUCCGCUUAGACUCAACCAGUGGUGUAAUGUUGUGAGGUGGGAGUUCAAACAUCCACAGCCAUUUUUGAGAACAAGAGAAUUUUUGUGGCAGGAGGGGCAUACUGCUUGGGCAGACCAGCCUUCAGCUGAGAAAGAGGUGUAUGCAAUCUUGGAAGAGUAUGCUAGAGUGUAUGAGGAGCUGCUUGCGAUCCCAGUUGUGAGAGGUAGAAAGACAGAGAAAGAAAAGUUUGCUGGGGCCGACUUCACCACCACAGUUGAGGUCUACAUCUCUGCCAGCGGUCGGGCCAUCCAGGGAGGAACAUCCCAUCAUUUAGGUCAGAACUUCUCAAAGAUGUUUGAAAUUGUCUUUGAGGACCCAGACACUCAGCAGAAGCAGUACGUUUAUCAGAACAGUUGGGGGCUGACCACUAGGACCAUCGGCGUGCUGACCAUGGUUCAUGGAGACAACGUGGGCCUGGUGCUGCCACCUAGAGUAGCCUCAAUUCAGUGUGUGAUAGUUCCCUGUGGCAUCACAUCUUCAUUGUCAGAAAGUGAUGCAAAGACUCUGUAUGACAAAUGUGCGGACCUGACAUCAACACUGAUCGAUGCCAAGAUUCGCUGCAAGUUUGACAGCCGAGAGAAUUACUCACCUGGCUGGAAGUUCAACCACUGGGAGUUAAAGGGAGUUCCAGUCAGAGUAGAACUUGGGCCCAGAGACUUACAACAAAACCAGGUUGUUGCCGUGAGGAGAGACAACGGCGAGAAGAGCACCAUCCCUAUGAAAGAUCUUGUGGAGUCUCUGAAGACAUUACUGGAGGACAUCCAGAACAGCCUGUUCAACAA